AACAGAGAAAUCACUGUGACACAAGGAGGAAUCUAUAAGUGUGAUGGAAAGAGAGGAAAUCCCUCAUUCUACAGUCAUUCAAGCCAUGAGAACAUCAUUGAAAUAAUGUUUUCCAACAAGGUUUUUGUGACUCGACAACCAAACUGGCCUCAGAUGUUCAGUGGUGAGUCGAUCACUCUGACAUGUGAGGUCCAGGGAGGAGGAACCACUGAGUGGACGUGUGAAUGGAGGAGAUCUGGGUCAAUAAUACACAAGACAGACAGUAAAGACUGGACUUUCAUUGUCUCUGAGUCCAGCAGUGGAAACUACAUGUGUCAGUGUAGAAGCAGAGAUGACUGGUAUUCUUCAACACAGAGGAGUGAAACCAUCAGACUGUCUGUAUCAAGAGAUAAACCUGGAGCCAAACUGACAGCAGGUUCAUCAACCAUACCAGUAGGGGGCAGUGUGACACUGAGCUGCUCAGUGGAGCCCUCUGCUGGAUGGAAGUACAAAUGGUUCAGGCGGACCUCAGAUUCUUCUUUUGUUGAAUUCAGCAGAAAUAAUGAAGAAAACAGAGAAAUCACUGUGACACAAGGAGGAAUCUAUAAGUGUGAUGGAAAGAGAGGAAAUCCCUCAUUCUACAGUCAUUCAAGCCUUGAGAACAUCAUUGAAAUAAUGUUUUCCAACAAGGUUUUUGUGACUCGACAACCAAACGGUUCUCAUGUCUUCAGUGGUGAGUCGAUCACUCUGACAUGUGAGGUCCAGGGAGGAGAAACCACUGAGUGGACGUGUGAAUGGAGGAGAUCUGGGUCAAUAAUACAGUGGACAGACAGUAAAGACUGGACUUUCAAUGUCUCUGAGUCCAGCAGUGGAAACUACAUGUGUCAGUGUAGAAGCAGAGAUGACUGGUAUUCUUCAACACAGUGGAGUGAAACCAUAACAGUAACUGUAUCCAGUCCUGUCAUCUCUUCAUUUCCUGUGAUGUUGAUCGUUGGACCAGUUAGUGGAAUCGUUCUCAUUGUCCUCCUGCUCUUGUUGUGGCGCUGCAGACGGUCCAAAGAUUUGAGCUGCAUCAGGUCAUUUCAGUCUGAAAGCAGCAGCCAGAGGCCGACCACUAAUCAUGGAGUGAACCAGACUGAAAGUGAUUACAGCUUUCUGCUGCAUGGUUAGUCACAGAAUAAACAUCAGUAUUAAUUUGGACAUAACAUCACUUUGUUGUAACUUUUUCUUCAUAAUAAAACAGUUUUAUUAAAU